AUGAUGUCUAAAGCACAUUCUAGUCACCAAGGUAUUGAAGCUUCCCUUCGUAAAGCCCGAGAUUCUAUCUACUGGCCAGCAGUGAACAGUGAAAUCAAAGAUUAUGUACAACAGUGUAGCAUCUGCAAUGAAUUCCAGUCAAAACAAACCAAGGAACCCUUAAUGAUACAUCCGAUACCAAAGCUACCAUGGAGCAAAAUAGGAACAGACCUAUUCUCAAUCAGAGACAAGGAUUAUCUCAUUACAGUCGACUAUUACUCUGACUUCUGGGAACUCAAUGAACUCUCAUCUACUUCAGCAGAUACCAUCAUCAAAUGUUUGAAGGAGCACUUUAGUCGCCACGGGAUUCCAAACACUGUCAUAAGCGACAAUGGGCCGCAAUUUACAAACGACGCGUUUAGGAACUUUGCAGAUGAAUGGGAUUUCGAACAUGCAACCAGUUCACCCUACCACAGCCAGUCAAAUGGAAAAGCGGAAUCUGCCGUGAAAAUAGCAAAAGGGAUCAUCAAGAAAUCAAUGAAGGAAAAGGAAGACCUCUGGAGAGCCAUAUUAGACUGGAGAAAUACCCCAACUCAAGACAUGGGAUGUAGCCCUGCUCAGCGGCUAAUGUCAAGAAGAACAAGAUCAUCCCUUCCAAUCGCACACCAGCUUCUUAAACCCGAGAUUCAAAAAAAUGUACAAACCAAGAUCAGGAUCAAGAGACAGAGGUCGAAACAGUAUUAUGACAAAGGAACAAGACCACUAGCGGAACUAUGCACAGGUGACUACCUUCGAGUCAAACCUACCAGACUCGGAGACGACAAAUGGAAAUUUGGAAAAUGUGUUAAAAAACACACACUACCGCGCUCAUACAUAGUGGACAUAGAUGGAGUACAGUAUCGGAGAAACCGAAGGGACUUGAGAUUAUCCAGAGAAGUUCCACCUCCUGAAGACCUACAUGUGGACGAUCACCAGGACAUCAACAGUCAUGACAAAACGAAUGGGCCGACAGUGAAAGACAAUGAAAAACCUCAGGAGAAACAUCAGUUUUCGCAGCCAAAUGUCCGCAGGAGUUUAAGAACAAUAGUGCCACCUAAACACCUCGCCGAUUACGUGUGCAAAUAG